AUAACAUACUUGAUUAAAAAAAUUUCUAGAAGAAGCAAGAAGUAAGAAUCUCGUAAAUUCCUGAUUAGUACACAAUUUCCGAUUCUCUUGUGUCAUUUAGGCAAGGAGAUAAAAGUUCUUCUUUAUCGCAUCGUCAAGAAACCCAUUGCUUUAUUUCCUGCUUUUAAUCCAGCAGCGGAAAGAUUGAUUAGGCAUGAAGGCAUGUGUUGGAUGGCGUCGCUUCCUCUUCUGUUUUCCACUUAUUUUCAUUCUUCCUUAUUUGUUCUCUGGUGUUCUGGAAUUGCAUCAGAACCAAACAGUUGGAGAUGCCCCUAAGGAAAAUACCAAGAAACUUGAUGAUCAGAACUCAGCAGUUAGAGAUGCCCCCAAGAAAAAUAGCAAGAAAUUUGAUCACCUGGUUCUUGGACCUGCUGCUGGAGAAGGCUUGCCCAAUCGUUUGCAGUGUCAAGGAGUUAAAGCUCUCAACAAGACCCAAUUUUCAAACCCUUCUCAUGUCUCUGGUGUUGGAGAUGGUAUUGCCUUUGUCACUGUUUUUACCAUUUAUAACAACUCACUUGACACUCUUGUGAAUAGAUCAUCAAAUUUGGUUACUGUUGGGAAUGCUUCAUAUAGUAAGUCAGAGAGAUCAAUGGCCAUUUUGAAUGUUUUCAUUAACUUCAUUCAGGUGAGAAUGCCUCAGAGCAAUAUUAUUAUUCUGACUGAUCCAGAAUCAGAUCUCUCAGUGCACCAAAACAGAGUUACUGUACAUCCCAUUCAGGGUGAAUAUUCCCGAGACAAAUUGAUGCUUCAAAGAAUCAGGUCUUACAUUACCUUUCUGGAAAUCAGGCUUGAGAAGCUAUCUCAGGAGCUGGGGCGUAUAACUCAUUUCAUCUUUACAGACUCAGAUAUUGCUGUAAUUGAUGACCUAGGACAGAUAUUUGAAAUGCACCAAAACUUUCAUUUGGCCCUCACCUUCAGGAACAACAAAGAGCAGCCGCUGAAUUCUGGAUUUAUUGCUGUGAGGGGUACACGUGAUGGUAUUUUAAGGGCAAAAAUUUUUCUACAAAAAGUAUUGGAAGUCUAUAGUUCCAGAUACAUGAAUGCUUCCCGAAUGCUUGGUGAUCAGUUUGCUCUUGCCUGGGUUGUAAAAUCCCAUCCCUCUUUUAAUGGAAAAAGAUUUAGUAAAGCACAGGCUUUUAUAAAAGAGAUUGGUGGUGCAUCGGUGCUAUUUUUACCAUGUGCUACAUAUAAUUGGACACCACCAGAGGGUGCUGGCCAGUUUCAUGGCAUGCCUCUGGAUGUUAAGGUUGUUCAUUUUAAAGGAUCAAGGAAACGCCUAAUGCUUGAGGCUUGGAACUUUUUCAGUUCUUCUGCUGACAUUUCAGAUAUGUUGUGCCUCAUCUUGAAGAGUGGAAGAACAAAAUAUGACUUUUGAGUAAUUUCAUUUGGUUUUGCAUAGCUAAUACAUCUUAUGAUACAUUGAUGGAGGGGAGCGG